ACGGCUUAGUCAACCGUCGCUUAAUCGCGGCUGAGCAGCGCGCGCGCAUACAAUUUGCACCUUUUACCAUAUUUGAAGCCGAUUUUGCAUGGAUUCCCAGUUAACUGAAAUUGUGUUUUAGUGACAGUUUCUGCAUUUGGACACCAUUUGCCUUGUAUCUUUUGGUAUUCCAUCAAUAACGACUAAAUAAGAGGUGUAAUCAAAAUGCUGUUGAGGAUAUGCUUCGUGUUGACGCUAAGCAGCGUGGUUCGGUCGCAGAGAUUCUUCAACGUACCCUCAACUCCUUCGCAAACUUUCCUCGGUGCGAUUAGUCCUGGGUCCAGGCUCUUUGGGCCCAACGGGCUUGAACUAGCCGAGGCCACAUUCGCUAGGGUCCUCGCAGCUUCUCAACCAGCUGCCAGACUUCCCGUCAACGGAUUUGGCAAUCCGUCGAACGCGCCUCCUGGACUGGCCAGCGCUUCUAUACCCAGUUUCAGCAACCCACCCCCUCCACUUGGGUCGGGUCAGGACCCAGGUUCUCAGACCUGCGGGCUGGCACCUCCAUUUUGCCCCAAGUCUCGCUACCGGUCCAUUGAUGGCUCCUGCAACAACUUGGUGAGGCCGGCUUGGGGGGUCGCCCAAGCGCCCUACGGUCGUCUUUUACCAUUCAACUAUGCUGAUGGAGUGUACGCGUGGCCGCGAGCAAAAUCCGGCCGACCUCUGCCCAACCCUCGUGAGAUCAGUCUGAGGUUGUUCCCGGACAGACAACUGGUCGACCCUAUAUGGAACUUGAACGCUCAACAAUGGGGUCAGAUCAUCACUCACGACAUGUCCUUGACGGCUGGUGUCGCCCAAUCCCCAUGUAACGACAACGACUACCGUAAUAGUAGCUGUAACGCUGACCCGAUCACCUGCUGUGACGCGAACGGUCAGUUAGCUCCAGACACGAACACCAACCCGCAGUGUGCUCCGAUCCUAAUCCCCCCUAACGACCCCAUCCACGGGCCCCAGGGGACUCAGUGCAUGAACUUCGUUAGGACUACAACUACAAUGGACAGGAGGUGCACUCCUCUUGGCUCGCCUGCGCAGCCGUUAUCAGUUGUGACGGCGUACAUGGAUCUAUCGCUGGUGUAUGGCAGCAGUCAGGGUCAAGCCGCUCCAAUCAGGGCCGGAACUGGGGGUCGUAUGCUCACCAUUCUCAGAGGAGGGCGGGAGUGGCCCCCACAAGACCCUAACAUCACCCUCACUUGCGAAUCUGCCCAGUCACCCAAUGAACCUUGCUAUUUAGCUGGUGACAUCAGAGCGAAUCAAAACCCGCAACUGACGGUGCUACAAGUCAUCCUCCUCCGUGAACACAACCGCAUCGCAGACACCCUGGCGAAGCUGAACCCUCACUGGAACGACGAAACCAUCUUCCAGGAAGCCAGGCGUAUCCACAUCGCCGAGAUCCAGCACAUCAACUACUAUGAAUACCUCCCCAUCUUCCUCGGCAUAGACAACAUGAUGAAGAACAAGCUGAUUUACCCUGGCGCGCGCGGAUACAUCAACGAUUACAACCCCAACGUGGACCCCACCAUCCUCGAUGAGCACGCCACUGCUGCCUUCAGACAUUUUCACACCCUCAUCCGAGGAUAUUUGCAAUUGAUCUCCGAGAAGCGUGAGCUAGUGGGCGCAGUCCGCAUGAGUGAUUGGUUCAACAGGCCUCUCCUGCUGGAGAUCGGCAAUGCUUUUGACGACCUCACUCGAGGACUGACCACGCAGCAGCAGGACUUCAGCGAUCAGUUCUGGGACAGCGAGAUUACGCAGUUCUUGUUCAAACGCAACAACACAUUCGGCGGCGAUCUGCGCGCCACAGACAUCCAACGUGGGCGCGACCACGGCCUGGGCUCGUACGUGGCUACGAGAGGAGCCUGCGGCCUGCCUGUGCCCAGGAGUUUUCAUGACAUGCUUGACUUCAUGUCUGAAGAGAACGUGCAAGUGCUACAGAGUUUGUACGAGUCACCUGAAGACGUGGAGCUGGUAGUGGCUGGUUCACUGGAGAAGAACGUACCGGGAGCCCAGGCUGGGCCAACGUUCCUCUGCAUCCUCACUGAGCAGUUCUACCGCACCAGGGUCGGAGACAGAUACUUCUUUGAGAACGGAGCCGAUCCUGACACAGCUCUUACGCCAAGUCAGCUAGACGCCAUCCGUCACUCCUCAAUGGCACGUAUUCUGUGCGACAACGCCCACGAAAUACACUUCAUGCAACCUAAAGCCUUCCAGCAGAUAAAUGAAUUAAACAAGCUGGUUCCCUGCGAACAGAUCCCAGUAGUGGACCUUACCUUGUGGCAGGAUGCACGCGCUGCCGGUUUCAAGUGAUCAACUACUAUCAAAUAACUAAGUAAUUAUAAUGUUCCAUGAUACAAUCCACUCGACAAUAAGAGUUACCAACCAUGGUUGUGAAGUGGGCAGGCGUACCAUUCUGAAUAAAACCUGUACUUAAAUGUGAUUUUACCCAGCAACACUAGGCGAAACAAAAAUGUAUUAACUGACUAACUAACUAACUUUUGGAGUCCUGUUGCAAACUCCGGACAAAUUUUCAUUGGCAGGUAGCGGCAACUGGAAACAAAAUUGUUUGCGUUUCUGACUGAGAUUAAUUUCAUAUUGAUCGUUUGAAAAUAAAGUGUUCACAGCUAGCUUAUUCAAUUCUUUCGGCAAACAAUUACAUCGAUGAAUGGUUUGUCAGAGUACAGUUCUGGCUUGUCAAUUCAAUAAUUUAAUCUGGACAACUGUAAAAAAUACAAACGUAGGUAUUGAUAAAUUACUUUAGGUUUUUCGCGACAUCACCGUAUAUCUAGAAGUCGGGGCUCAUGCAACUACAGUACUAUCUAAUUCUUUAAAAAUUAUGAUUCUUAUGAACAUAUUUUUUAAGAACGUAUAUUGUGUAUAGAAGUGUGUGGGGUAGUUUGUUCUCUUUAACAGGAUUUUAUAAUUAUUUUUUUAUAACACGACGAGUUUAAACGGCGCUACCCCUAAUCGUCGCAAAGCGUCUCGCCUAUCUUAGCUAGUGUAAAAUCACGAAUGUCUGUUAAAUUGAGAUCCUAUGUUUAUUUAAUCAAAUAAAAGUACAAAUUAUAUUUUCUUAUUGCAGAUGAAGGUUUAGUUUAGAAUGGCACUGUUGCCUACGUUUUCAUACUGAUCAAUUAAUUUAUUUGUACAGAAUGUGUUUAUGUGUGAAUUUUAUUUCUUGCGUUGACGUAAAAUCAGUUGAAAAAAUGUUUGUCUUUAAAUUUUAAAAUGCUAUAUAUUUGCUGUUUCUGCAUAUGUUUUUGUUCAUAUAAAUGCAUGUGAUUUGUCUGCUUUUUGUAAAAUAUUAAUAAGUUUGGAUGUGCCUUAAGUGUUUGUAAGUUUUGUAAAUAAAGAUAUUUUGACUUA